AUGAGCCACUCCAUCAAAUCGCAGGCAGAUCAAAGCAGGUUUGAUACUAAGAUUGCUAGCAAUAAAGAUAAAAUCUCAUCAAAACCUGCGAAGACAUCACUCGGCAAGGAGAAAACUUCUAUCAAAUCGAAUACACAUCGAUCUGCUAAAGAGCCUGCUCCUCCACCUAUUGUUCACAAUUUCGUUAAUACAAGUGAGAAAGGUCCUAAAAAGCCGAUCAUCAUCUCUAAACAGCCACCACAGCUUUCCCAAUCUACCAAUGGUCAUGACGAUAGUCUUUCCUCCACCACAAGUACUGAGGCGAAAAGGGAAAAGCACCGGAAUAAAAAGCAGAAUCAGCGAGCUGUGAAAAGGCUUGCAACCGAAACUACUGCCGGGGGUCUCCUUGUAUCUCCUGAUCUCUCGCAAUCGCUCACUCAAAUCCCUUCAAAUCCUCAAGACGAUUCUGCCAUUCUUCAAGAGGCUCCUCUAUCCCCCAGCCUAUCAACUGCAGCUGUCUUGCACGCGGCGGGAGUGGAAGAUAUGGAUAAUGAAGAAGAAUGGAAUGCUUUAGUUAAAUCACAAGCGGCAAGAUAUGCAAGUGUCACAGCAAGUCGUGCAAGGCCCCACUCUCCUUCAGGUAGUGCCACAAAUGGUGGAGACACCAAUUGGACUGUUGUUAUGCCACAGAGCAGUAGCCGAGCUCAGCGUUCUGUCAAUGUACCUAUGGACUCUGCAGCUGGUACUGAAUGGAAGUCGGCCUCUGCUAAUGGAAAUGUAAGUGCUUUCUGUAGUAAUUCCAAACGGAGGAUUGCCAUCCAAGUAUCCCGACACGAUAUUGGAAAAGUUAUUGGUCAGGGUGGUGCAGUUGUAAGCGCUUUACGUAACAUGACUGGUAUUCAAAUCGACAUCGAAAGUGCUAGAUCUGACGAGGUUACCGAACGUAUGGUUUAUCUUCGCGGUCCAUCUGAUGGCGUUCAGCGCACUCACGACCUUAUCCAGGGUCUAAUAUCGGGCACAAUUACUGGAAAUGACGUUUUGAGCCGACAUGCUGUCUUCAAGAGAUCUGGAGCGACGUCUGGAAACUGUAUGAUUUCUCUAGCUUCUUUUAUAGGCAAUUCAGUUUACACUUCUCCCGGCAUAUCUUCCAAACAAAUAUUAUCUUCAUAUCCAUCUAGUUUAUCUUUUACUAUCUCUAACUCCUCCAGCGUAAGUGCAGCUUCCUCAAUUCGUUUAGCAAGAAAGCCGGCCAAAUCAAAUUUAGUAACUAGUGCUCCCCUUGCUGCGACUAUUUCUGCUGUAGUCGGGAAAUCUGUACCAAAUUCAACUACUGGCAAACCAGUGUCAUUUAACACAAAUAACAACAAUCCAAGUAAUUCCCAGGCUAAUAUGAUUCACAACACUGGAAAGUCCACAGGUGUGUUAUUGCCUCCUCAACUUUCUUCAACUUGGGGUAAAGGAAAGGGUAACUUUGCUGCAGUUGCUGCUGCUGGAGUUCUUACUCCGAGUCCUACUGGAACCGUGAUUGGGCCAAGACAGGCUGCUACCGGUAUUAGGCAGACAUCAUCGAUUAUUCCAAAUGUGAAACCUAGCCAACCUGCCUCAUCACAUCUCUUGCCCAUGUCUCUUCUCUCUGUCACAAACACAGAUCUUGUAACCCAUCCGCUUUCUGUUAUAUCCAACUCUCCUAAGUCAAGACUUCUAGUGGAUGAUUCUAGCUUCCCUCCGCUCACCUCCCUUAGCGUGUCUGUUAGCCAAACCACUUCACUAACCGGCUCUGCUUCUCAGACUACUGCUCCUAUUUCCGAAGAAAAGCGUCAUCCUAAAACUGCAUCUACGCCUGCUAAUCUUAGCCCGGAUACAGAGAAUGAACUCCCCUCGGGAGCAAGUUUCAAUUCCGGCGUCCAUUUGCUCCAACAAUCAGUGCCAAAAAACAAUGCGACCUUUAUCUCUUCGAAUCUAACGACCCUCGUCUCAGUUAGUGAUGUAAAAAGUCAGCUUUCUUCGGCUCCUUCCGAAUCUUUAGCUAAGCUAGAACUUACCGAACCUCGGAAACCAUCCCUAGCACAGGCGCAAUCGAUCUCAUCUUCUCUCACUGUUCCCUUA